AUGGCGUCCAAAACCUCCCCUCCGCAGGUUCGCGAGAUCGUCAAGCUCCUUAUUCAUAAUCUCGUCAAUAUUAAAGAUGCUACAGGCCAAUUCCUCAUGCCGCUGGCGGACGGUCGCAUUAUUGAUACCAAGUCCUGGCACGGCUGGGAAUGGACGCAUGGCAUCGGUUUGUACGGCAUCUGGAAAUACUAUGAGAUGACCGGGGAUCCUGAAUUGUUGCGCAUUAUUGAGGAUUGGUUUGCCGCCCGAUUCGCUGAAGGCGGCACCACGAAGAAUAUCAAUACCAUGGCCGUGUUUUUAACAUUGGCAUACGUCUACGAAAAGACAGGAAAUAUCACCUAUCUCCCCUGGCUGGACGCUUGGGCCGAAUGGGCUAUGCAUGACCUGCCUCGGACGCGAUACGGCGGAAUGCAGCACGCCACCUACCUGACAGACAACUACCAGCAGCUCUGGGAUGAUACAUUAAUGAUGACUGUAAUGCCUCUCGCAAAGAUUGGAAAACUACUAAACCGCCCGGAGUACAUCGCCGAAGCCAAACGCCAAUUUCUUCUUCACAUUAAAUAUCUAUUCGACACGAAGACAGGCCUAUUCUACCACGGAUGGACCUUCGAAGACGGCGGGCAUAACUUCGCGCAGGCACGAUGGGCCCGUGGCAACAGCUGGAUUACUAUCGUGAUUCCCGAAUUUAUUGAAUUGCUUGAGCUUGAACCCACCGACCCUAUCCGGGUGCACCUCAUCGACACGCUCGAAGCCCAAUGUGAGGCUCUCCAGCACGUCCAAAAUGACUCUGGCGCAUGGCACACCCUCCUCGAUCACCAGGAUUCAUAUGCCGAGUCCUCUGCCACAGCUGGAUUUGCGUAUGGAAUCCUGAAGGCAAUCCGGAAGAGAUACAUCUCUGCGCAAUACAAACCAGUAGCAGAAAAGGCUAUCACAGCUGUUGUGGGGGCUGUUAAUGAGGAGGGCGAAUUGCAGAACACUAGUUUCGGUACGGGGAUGGGAGAUAGCCUGGAGUUUUAUAAGAAGAUUCCAUUGACGGCUAUGCCUUAUGGACAAGCGAUGGCUAUUAUGGCAUUGGGAGAGUAUCUGCGCGGUUUUCUGUGAUGGAUGAGCGGUAUGAUGGUUCUUGUAAAUACAAUCGUGCUAUGAUAGAUAUAGAGCAUUACGGCUAUGAGGAUUGAAU